AUGGCCUCGGAUCCAGAAAACACCACCCCCCAACAACAGCUCCACGAUGUCCCAACACCGUACGAUUCCGAGUCCACAAUAAGCCGCAGCGGCGAUGAAUUCCACGACAAGCCCCUCGACGAGGAGGAGGCAGGGGACGACGCCCUGACGCGGCUCGAAACGGCCCAGUCGGCACUCAAGCCGCCGUCGGUGCUAUGGAAAGAGAUCGCCUUCAUCGCGGUCGUCUGCAUGGCCCAGUUCAUGACGCAGGCCGGUCUCUGCAUGUCCAUCGCCCCGGCCCACAUCAUCGGCGACACCUUCAACACCACCAGCGCCGGCGAGCUGAGCUGGUUCGCCGCCGCGUACAGCCUGACCGUCGGGACCUUCAUCCUGGUGGCCGGCCGUCUGGGAGACGUCUACGGCCACCGACUGAUGUUCAUCAUCGGGUUCUCGUGGUUCGGACUGUGGUCUAUACUGGCCGGAUUCAGCGUCUGGUCCAACAAGGUAUUCUUCGACUGCUGUCGCGCGCUGCAGGGCAUCGGACCCGCGAUGUUGCUCCCGAACGCCAUCGCCAUCCUCGGCCGCGCCUACCCACCCGGUCUGCGCAAGGAGAUGAUCUUCAGCUGUUUUGGCGCCACCGCUCCGGGCGGAUUCAUCGUGGGAGGUGUCUUCUCGUCUCUCUUCGCGCAGCUCGUCUGGUGGCCGUGGGCCUUCUGGGUCCUGGGGAUGGUGUGUUUCGUUCUCGCGGCCCUCGGCAUCCUGGUCAUCCCGCACACCCACCGGCCCGUCUUCAAAGACGACCUCACCACCUGGACCCGUCUGGACAUCCUCGGCGCUGUGACCGGUAUCUCCGGCCUCGUCCUGAUCAACUUCGCCUGGAACCAAGCCGCACUCGUCGGGUGGCCAACGCCCUACACCUACGCUCUUCUGAUCGUCGGAUUCGUCAUCUUCGGCGCCUUCGUCUUCGUCGAACGCUCGGCCCCGUGCCCCCUCGUCCCAAGCUCCGUCCUCACCGGCGACCUCGCCUGGGUGCUCGGAUGCAUUGCCGCCGGCUGGUCCAGCUUCGGAAUCAUCAUCUACUACUUCUAUCAGUUCAUGGAAGUAAUCAAGGGCGACACGCCGCUCCUCGCCACGGCAAAAUGGUGCGCCGCGGCCCCGUCCGGCGCCGUGGCAGCCCUGGUCACGGGCUUCCUCCUCGGAAAGCUGCCCCCCAGUGUCAUCAUGUUCUUCGCCAUGUGUUUCUUCACCGCCGGACAGGCCAUCUUUGCUACCGUCCCCCUGGGGCAGACGUACUGGGCGCAGGCGUUUGUCGUUAGUUUGAUUACGUCGUGGGGGAUGGACAUGUCCUUCCCCUCCGGCACUCUAAUUCUCAGUAACUCCAUGCAUCACCACCACCAAGGCCUCGCUGCGUCGUUGGUCACAACGACAGUCAAUUAUUCGAUUUCGUUGGGUCUCGGGUUUGCUGGCACGGUGGAGUCAAAUGUUAAUGAUGGCGGGAAAAAUGCCCUCAAGGGGUACCGAGGGGCCUUGUAUUUGGGUAUCGGGCUGGCCGCGUUAGGGCUGGUUACCUCGAUUUGCUUCAUGUCGGUGCAUUGGAAACGGUAUCGGCAGGGGAAGACUGCAUAG